AUGGAGGCUAUGCUGGAUAUCGAGAGGAAUUGCAAUGCAUUUGCUUCCUUCUGCAAAGAAGUAAUGGCGCAGAAAAAGGCACAGAGCCUUCCUCCAAACAGCGUCGUUGUGAUGGAUAACGCGCCCUACCACAGCGUUCAAGAAAAUAAACUACCUCCAAAAUCUAGUACAAAACAGGAUAAGAUAGAUUGGCUCACCAGGAAUAAUAUAAUGGCCGAUAUUACGAUGAGAAAAGACCAUUUAUGUGACUUAAUAGAAUUGCAUAAGGCCCCUGAAAAUACUUUUAAAAUGGACAAAUUAAUAAAACGCCAUGGCCACGAUGUAUUGCGAUUGCCACCUUAUAUGUGCGACUUGAACCCCAUAGAGCUCGCGUGGGCAAAAGUUAAGAGGCUCGUGAGGGAAAACAACGUCACCUCCGACUUUUCUUUAGCCAGACUAAAAGAAGUUACGGAAUAUGCUAUUAUGCAAGUCACACAAGCAGAUUGGUGCGGAUAUGAUGACCAUGUCAUAGUACUAGAGGAGCAUUACUGGCAAAGAGAUGGCGUUAUGGAGGAUGUCAUCGAUUCAUUCAUCAUUGAAGUACGCGAGGAUACGAGUAGUAGUACAAACUCAUCAAGUUCGAAUAUUUUUGAGAGUGACAGUGAUAGUGCCUAA